CUUCGGUCAAGCUCAACCCUCCUCUUCAAAUUCGCACCACCGUUCCCGGACAAUCACCCACGAUCCAAUUGACACCCUCUCCACUCUACCAUGUCCGCUCGAGCUGCCAUGUUCCCGCAGCGUGUCCUUUUCCGCUCCACCCAGCGUCUAGGGCUCGCCCGCACGGCCUUCCGCCGCCGCCAGUACAGCUCCGAAGCCCCGAAGCAGUUCACAGGCGCUGAGGACAACGAGUUCAACCGCGAGCGUGCCAGAAUCCAGGAGCACGCUGCCGAGAGCGGUGAAUUCUGGCGAAAGCUCACCCUCUUCGUCGCCGUUCCUGCUCUCAUCAUCGCGUCCGUCAACGCGAAGCUCCGAUGGGAUGCCCAUUGGGAGCACAAAGCGCACGAACCCCCCAUUGAGGAAAAGCCGGAAUACUCGUACCAGAACAUCCGCACGAAGAACUUCUGGUGGGGUGACGGUGACAAGACACUCUUCUGGAAUGACAAGGUCAAUUAUCACAAGAAGGACGAGUAGGCCAUUGCUUGCUGAGCCUCACGGCACCUUUUCCUUUGUGAGACUGUACUAGAUACCGAAGACUCGGAUGGGCGAUAGUGGGAAUGUAUAUAGGUGGUGCGCAAGCUCAUGCUACGGAAGAACCUGAUGCCGCAUUUCAAUUACUUUACGCACCGCCCCAGAUAAUCCCGUGUUGUUUGCCUGCAACUCUGUGAUUUCCUCGCUCUCUGCAUGUCAACCUCG